GUGAGUCCCACUGUGGGUGGGGGGAGAAAGAGACUGAGCCUUUAGGUCUAGGCAGGGGGUGCAAAUGCCCUGCAUCCUCCAGACUGCAUUCCCUGACCCCCCUGCAGCCCCAGGGCUCCUCUGCUUCUGGGGGCUUCGGAGAAAUGGCGAACGGGGGGCUGGAAGCCAGCACUCAGCUACCUGUUGGGCCAGUCAGGUAGGGGCGGGGCAGCCAGACAGCCCCUCCCAGGCCCUGCCCCCAGGCCAAUCCGGAGCAACACCCUAUCAGCCCCAACGCCUGGCCAGGGCUGGACGCCAGGAAGUGGAGAAAACCAGCGGUGAGCACAUGCUCAGGUUGGUAAGGAAGGAAGGAGUGGAUGGAUGUCUCUUCGCACCACAAGGCCCCCAGGCACAAGCAGCCUACUUGGCCAUACCUACCCUGCUGAAGGCCAGAACAUCCAGGAGCUGUGAUGCCUCCAAUCCGAGGGCGGGAGGACCCCCCCAGACACGGAAAUGCAGGUCUGUUACCGCGUUGCAUCUGCAUCUCUUUCGGUCCACCUGCGCGCGGGGCGCCAGCCACAUGGCUGGGUGCAGGGCACCGGACUCGAAGCCUGGGGAAGAGCCGCAGGACUGAGGAGCGCCCCCUGGAGGCGGGAGGAGGCCCGGGCCAAGCCCCCUCGCUGCCCCGCCCCAGGCCCCGCCCCACUCUGUCCGCGGAAGUGGGGAAGCACUGCGAGCAGCCACGGGACGGGUGACUCCUUGCCAGGAGAAGGCGCCGGCGCCUCCCGCGGCAGGAGUCGCUUCUCCGCGGCCUCUUUCGUCCCUUGCGUCCCUAGCCGGGCUUCCGAGAGUCUGACUCAGAGCCGAGCCCGCAUCGCUUCACCUCCUACAACACACCCGGAGCGCGCGGAGAAAUUACAGGAUUGCAGGGGCACGGCUAGUGCGCUCUAAUUACCCACCGCCGCUCUCCUCCGCGGCGCUCGGCGGCACGGGGACAACGCGCCGUAAUUAGGCCGCCCCUCCCAGGUCCCGGAACCCGUCCCCCGUCCCCAGUAGCGCGCGCGUCGGUUCCUCCCGCUGCUUCCUGCCGCCCUCCGGGACUGCCCCCUUGGUCCCAGGAGAGAGCUAUGAGACCCCCCCCCCAACCUGGGGUGGGGGGAGCGGAGGACUUGGAGACCCGUCCCUAGGCCUGAAGUGGGGAAGCCGGCCCCUCCCCUCCCGUAAGCCUACAGUCUUUGAGAUCUCUGCAGGAAGGGACUGGGAGAGUGGGGAGGGGGCAGGACCCUCUCGUAGACAUGGUCACUGAGGCCGACUGGAAAGUUAACUGUCCCGGGCGGGGGUGGGUAGGGCACCCGGGCGAUAGUAUCCCAUUUUGCACUGAAGGCUCAGACAAGUAAAGGCUCUCAGGGAAGACCACCCAGCUAGAACUUCCAGAUCAGCUCAUUUAAGGAGCCGGACAGGCUCCUUCCCCUGCCUGGGGAAUUACAUUCCUGCGAAGAAAGGUGAUACCCCCGCCGCAGGCUGGAGUGCUGGCAGCCGACCAGCUGUGGCCUGUUGGCCACAAGGGAGCUGGUGAAGUGUGGCUCAAGUCUUCCAUCCCAGGAAGGGUGGGAGGAGGCCCUGAAGACACAGAAGCCAAGCCUGGCGGCCAGCACUUGAGGGGAGCAACUUGGCUGUCAGCUUCUUUAUCCAAACCAGGCUCCAACCUCUCCACUAUCAGGAAUUUUUUCCUGAUGCCCAGGGGGUUGCAAACUGAUGGCCUUGGGCCAAGUUUAAUCUUUAGUGAGGUUUUUUUUGACCUUCAGUGAGUAUGUGGUUUUUAUAUUCUACGGACAAUGUGGGCUACCCUCCCCAUUGGCAAAGGCCAGUGUGGCCACACUAGGUCCCCAAAGGCAUUUGAGUUUGAGACCUUGAUUUAGACCAGCCCACCUGGCCUGCGCCUUUAGCCGUUUCCUCAUUUUCUAGGAUCUCAGUCUGCACUAUUGCACCUUUGUAGUUUUUGCAUGUUUCUCAGUAAGCGUGCCAAGAUGAGUGUCCCUCCGAGCCCCGCCUUAUGCUCCCUACAUGUGGGGCCAGUGGUGGUUACAUAUGCUUCUGGAAACCCCUCUGGCAGCCACUUUUUUCAUCUUGAAUAUCGGUCUCUGCCUUGGGUAGGCACCAGAUCUUUUCCAGCGGGGGUGACAUGGUAUUUUCUGCCAUGAGACCAGAGGUUCCUUGAAGGCAGGAUAUUGGAUCUCUCCCUUAGACUGGGAUCUCACUGAGGGCUAGGGGAAUGGGGUGUGGAGGUAGUAUCUUACAUCAUAGCGAGCUCCCUGAGGGCGGGGCUGUGUCUCCCCUCAGUCUGGAGCUCCUUGAAGGCAUUGGAUUGUCCCCUCAGAUGGGGCCUUUGCACCCAUCUCACCCCUCUGGCUCUCGGCUACGCGUAGGCAUUCCUCCCAGGACACUGUUUGUCACGCUUCGAUGAAUGAAACCUACUAAGAAUAA